AUGGAGGAAUGGACCGUCGCGUCCAUCGUUCUGGCAGCCGUGCUUGGCCUAGUAUGCCUGUGCUGCCAGCUCAUGUGCUGUUGCGUCUGCACACUGAUUGCGGUGCAAGAGGAAGACAUGACCAAAGACGAUCGUGAAUUCCUGGUGCAAUCACGAAGACAAGCCCAAGAGCGAGCAGCCCAGAAUACACCCUGGGCCUUUGACCACCAGCUUGACCAGCCACAGCAAGCUGACGUGUGCUUCUCCUGUGGAACGACAUCAAAAGGGAAAAAGAAUGUGGAAGGUUUGAGUCAAGUCCUGGAAUCGGCAGCGGCAGCGCAACAGGAAGUUUGGACGAUAGCGACGGAGGAGAUUAGGAAGAAGAUGCACCAGGAGGUCGGUCGCAAGCUGCGAUGUGAGAUGCGUCUGAUGUGGCUGCUUCCAUUGUUGCCCCUCGUGGCAGCUCCUUGGACCACCUGCGCCGGAGGCUCGCCGACCUGGGUCUACUUACUGUACAUCCCAGCGCUGCUGCGUGCGAAGUACAUCGAGUACCAGCUGCUGCAGCAGCUCGAGGCCUUGUCAGUCAAAGUGGACAACACAGUCCCCUGGUCUUUGAAGUUGAUCUUUGAGUUCUGCAUCGGCGCCUUCGAACACUUCGACUGGUUUACCGACGGGGCCAUGCCGGUCCAGGCAGCAGUCUGCGACCCGAAAGCAACGGACGUAUGGGCGACCACUUUCGAGGCCUCCUGGUUCCCGAUCUGGGUGCCACUGAUCCGUGGGCUGCACUUCUGGGGAGUUCUGGUGAUUGCUCUUGUGUCCGCCGGCAUGGCCCAGCAGUUUGCUGCGACCGUUUGUGUAUACAGGAGCGAUGUGAACGACAACACAAUUGCUGCGGAUGCAGCGGGCCUAGGAUCCAUCGCGUUCUGGUAUGAACGAGCCAGUGAACGAGAUGCAACGACUCAGUUUCAGGCACCGACCCGCAGAAGUCUGGCAACGUGCCUGUCAAAAGUUAUCAUGGAGAACCUUGUCCAGUUGUUUCUGCAGGCCUCCCUCUACGGCAUCAUUUUCGACGAUCUGGACAGGAGUGGGCACUGGAAGGUACUGGCUUCCAUGUUCGUCGGCCUGGCGAUGGCACUCUACAAGCUGUUGCCCGUGUUGCGGUUCUUCGCAUUAGCAUGGACGGGUGAGUGUUGCAGGGGCGAAGUGUGCAAGCGGGGAUGCUCGGGACUUUUCUGUCUCUUGCUCCUGACGGUAGCUUACUUAUCUGGCCUGGUGUUCAUAGCUUGGAUCAUCGCAAAGAUUUACUUUGCUUUCACAUGCCCGGAUCACCUUUGGGGCCUGACCACUGGCUGUGUCUUCAUGAACUCCACAGAUCACGCACGCUCGCAUCACGUGGACCUCUGGCCCUUUUGA